AUGCCGCCCUUUCGCGAUGACCAGAUUCUUAUCAUCGCGCCUGGGUCGCAGACAACCCUUGCGCAACUAGGACUACCCGAAUCAUUCACACCCGCACGAUAUCGACUGCCCUCGCGCAUGUUCCCGGCCGAAGAAGCAGGUCACUACGAGCCGGUGAAGGUCCGGCGGAAGGAGAAGCCUGUCAAGUCAACAGAAGACGGCGCAGCGACCAAUGGCGAUGCAUCACACGAUGAGGCAGAAUGGGAAGAAGAUCGUGUGUCAGAGGAGGGCGCCAUAUGGCCGAUACAGCGCGGCAGCAUCGUGGACUGGCGAUGCUUCUAUGCCUUGAUGGAGCACGUCUACAACACCAUCAAUCCGCCCUUCCACACACCAAUCCUCAUUCUGUCAGAACCUGUCUGGACACACAAGGAGUAUGAAAAGGUCGCGCAAUUCUUCUUUGAGAAGUUCAAGACGCCUGCACUCGCCAUGAUGGACUCCGCGCUGGCAGCAACUUACGCGUACGGUAUUCCAACCGCAACAGUGGUCGAUGUGGGGCGGGACAAGGCAGAUAUCUCGUGCGUGGCAGAUUUCACAUUACACGACAUUGGGAGAUCGCUUGCGGUGCCGGAUUGUGGUGGCGAAGCUAUGACAGCGAGAUUGGUAGAGCUGCUGAAAGGGCGAGGCUUCUCCCGUGAGAUGUGCGAGCAGCUGAAGAAGAGCACUAUUUGUGAGAUCCUGCCGCCUGACGCCGAUCUUCCAGGCUCGGAUGGCGCUGAAGGAGGCAACCCAGCUGCAGCAGCAUCCACAGGCGCGGACGGUGCGGCGCCUGGCCAGAGAAAGUCAUCAGCGGCGGGUGAGCUACCAAGAGGACCUGGACCUGGAACAGAGGUUGGAGACGAGAAAAAGCUGGAGGACGAAGACGGAGUUUUGGACAUUGCCAGCAUCGUGACUGGCGGGAACAUGCAAGACUAUCUCGCAAAGAAGGAACAGGAGAAGCAGGAAAGAGCGGCUGCCAAGAACGCAAAGAAAGGAAGCGACGCCCAACAAGCACAAGCAAAACAACCAGCAAGAGUGCCAAACGCCAAGCGAAAUCGAAACACCUUUGUCUACGAAGACUUUGCGUUGCACGAUGCGAUGAAGAAAGCGGGCACUUCAGCACAGGGCAUGGCAGACAUGCAGUCGUCGCUCGACGACGGGCCAAACAAGCGACAGAAGACACCCGAGCCACAGUCAGCUGUAUCAGAUAAGCCUGUGGACGGUGAUCUCGACGGCCUCACCGAUACCUCCCGUACUGGUGGGCUGAGAAGAGAAAUCGAAGUUGGACCAGAACGAUUCCAGGCGGCAUCCGGGGGUGUCCUCGAUCGGCUCAGCGACGCGAUACAUUGGACCAUACAAUCGUGUCCCGAGAUUGGCAAACGCAGCGACUUGUGGGACAACAUGAUCAUUCUUGGGAACGGCUCAAAGGUGCGAGGCUUCAAGGAGGCACUGCUGGCAACUCUGCAGGCAAAAUACAUCAUCUCGCCAUCCUCCGCUACCAUUUUCACAUCGGAGCUGCCUUCGAACAUGUCCACGCCGCUGGGUACGGGAGCUAAUACGCCCCAGUCGCAUAUGCCUGGCCAAUCGCAUCCCAGCUCAAGUGUCAAUCCGCUCCUGCACGCCGCUCUUACCCAACAGCAGUCGCAGCUUCAACCAUCUCCAUCAUUGGGUCAGUCACAGCAUCAUCCAAGUGUGCACUCUGGCCACGGACAAACCCCGACCAGUAUCAAGACGCCAAAGAUACCCGAGUACUUUCCCGAGUGGAAAGAGGUCGGUUACGACGAGGCGAGCUUCCUUGGAGCUCAAGUCGCAGGCAAAGUUUUGUUUAUCGCGGAUGGUGGUGCCACCAAAGGAUACAUGACACGGACGGACUACAAUGACCAGGGUCCAUCCGGAAUUCACGAAGUGCGCAUGUAA